UCAGGGCCCUCCCUCGUUGUCUCUCUGCUGCAGACAGUCUGCAGACAAAAGCUUUUCUAAGCAGAGGGUCCACAACUUUAGGGGUGUUCAUGAGCACUUGCAAAAGUUAUUGGAAAAAGAGGGCUGAACGUGACUAAUGCAAAAGGACAACUAGUAGGGAAAAGGAUGUUGGCAGAACAAAGGAGGCAUAGAGAUUUUUCUCUGAGAAAGAUGCACUGUGCUGCAUAUUCUUGUCUUAUCCUUGUUGUGCUGUUUAUUUACUGGCCUCAGGGGACUUCUGGACAGAAUUUGGAGGAGCAGGAUGGCAUAUGCAAUGCUGAGGGAUGCUACUCCAUUCAUUUCCAACGCAAGAACUUUCGGGAAUCUUGGAAGAGCUGCAAGGAGAAAGGGGGCAACCUGGCUACGGUGAAGCGACCAGAGGAGGCAACAAUAAUUCAAGAGCUGCUUUCUGCUGGAGAAAGACAUAGUCCCAGACCAAGACUUAGGCUGUGGAUUGGGCUUCAGAGGCAGCCUCGCCAGUGCUCACCCACUCGUCCUCUGAGGGGCUUCACCUGGAUUACAGGGGACCAGGACACAGAGUACACCAACUGGCAACGUCAUGAAGUGCAGGGUGCCUGUGCUGCAACUCGCUGUGUGGUCAUUACAUACAACACUACUGACAAAAGCAACAGUGACCAGAACAACUUUAAGUGGCUGGACGGUACAUGCACGGCGGCUGUGGAUGGUUUCUUGUGCCGCUACACGUACCGAGGGAUGUGUCCAGCCCUGAAGAGUGAAGGCAGGGGACCUGCACUCUACAGCACCCCCUUCAACCUGCUCAGUACCCUGCUCACACAUAUCCCCUUUGGCUCUGUGGCCACCCUGCCUUGUCCAGACAGUGCCAAGGGAGACCAGUCUGUGCUCUGUAUGGUACAUGAUGAUGGUAGUGUUGGAUGGUCCAAGGAUGCACCGCUCUGCUCUGAUGCUCCAAAGGACUUGUGUGAGCAGGACAAUGGAGGGUGCGAACACUACUGCGUAAAUGCAGGUUCUCAUUAUCACUGUGAGUGCUCAGAGAAUUUCAUGGUAGGGGAUGAUGGGCAGAGCUGCCUGCCUUUGGAUCCAUGCCACAGUGCUGACUGUGAGUUUGACUGUGAGGCCACCUCUGAGGGAUACCGCUGCAAGUGUCCUGAGGGUUACCUUCUUUCUCAGGAUGGUCAAAACUGCCUUGACAUUGAUGAGUGCUCCCAGAAUCCAUGUCCUCAGAUCUGCGUCAAUGCGCCUGGAACAUUUGAGUGUCGCUGCCUAGAAGGCUACCAGCUGUCCGAGUUUGGGGAGUGUUUGGAUGUGGAUGAAUGCAAGGAAGGCAGCUGUGAGCACUCCUGCGAGAACUCUCCUGGAUCCUACGCAUGUCUGUGUUAUGAUGGAUUCGCUCUAGCAACUGAUGACCCAGACCGUUGUGAAGAUAUUGAUGAGUGCCAGGAUACUGACUCUUGUGAGCAGAUAUGUGAAAACUAUGCAGGUGGAUUUGAGUGUCGUUGUGAAACGGGUUACGAAUUGCAGCAGGACCAAUAUUCAUGUUUGCUUGUUGAGGAAGAAACUGGGUAUUACACAACUGCUGCACCGGCAAAUCCAACGUCCCUCCCUUGGGACGGUGCUGGCUACACAACUGACAUGCCGACAGAUGACAAUAAUCCAGAAUGGCUCACUGAUGUACCAAACAUUGAUUGGCUUCCUACAGAUUUGAGUUGGCUUUCAGAGAUUCCAGAGCACCAGGACCCUAUUACCUCCCAGGAACCUGAUUGGAUGGAACAAACUCCAAGUUCUCCAACAUCUGAUUCCCCAGUGGAUGCUACAGCCUCAGAUACACCAGCUGAUUUAAACAUUGAGGAUGAAGCAAAUCGUUGGUUAGACACCAUCAAGAUAUCAGCUGCCAUUGAUGAGACAGUAGGAGAUGAAGGUUCAUAUGACCAAAUACCUUCAACUGCCUCAACACUUAGGCCAAAGAAAAAAGGAGGUUCUGGCAGGGUCACGCCUUCAACAUCUCAAAUGCUUGAGGGUAGUGUGCCAUCUGCUGCCAGCUCAGAGCAACAUCCAGAUGGCAGGAAGAAGCAUGAUAGAAGCUGGUUGCUAGUGGCACUACUUGUACCUCUUUGUGUCUUUAUUGUGGUCAUGCUAGCACUAGGUAUUGUGUACUGCACAAGCUGUGCUGUUGAGCCACGCAACAAAUCUGUCACAGACUGUUACAACUGGACCAACUCUAAACCUGCAAAAUCAAAGAAUGCAAAAUCUCAGGCUUGAAAAUUUUGCAAAAAACAUUAUGACUGUUAUAAAAACAGCAAUUCCCCAAAAUGUUUUCAGUUCCUCAUCAAACAUUGACUUCACUUUGGUAUUAUGCAUCUUAAAGGUUUCCAGUAACAUAUUUUGAUGAACAUGGUGGAUUUUUAAUCACAGCAUCGACAGCUUGUUUCCAAUUGGAACAAAGAAGAAUGGUGGAAAUCUUAAUGCAAGCACAUACAUUUUCAUUAGGAUAUACUGUUUUUGUGUAGGUGCUAUUGCAAUAGUACUGUACUGUAGUACUGUAACUCAUAAACCAUAAAGUUACGUAGAGCUUUAAUCAGAAAGUUUUCAGAAUGUAUUCUUUGGAACUGUUUGCUUUUUAUUCAUAUUUUUCAGCCUGCAUUGGACAAAUAUAUGUAGCUGAUAUGAAAUAAUGUUUUGUUGUCGUUGUUGUUUGGAUUGAACAAGUUUGCUACUAUGCUCAUAUCAAUUUUUCUCAACUUAUUGAAAUAUAUGCAUUUGAGAUGGCCACACUGCUCAGUUACAUGUAACUUGACACACUGAAUUUAGAGUUAUAAAAGAUUUAUGAAAAAAUGUAAAUAAUUAUUCUUUUGUUCCAA